AUGAGUGAAACAGCAAUUUUUAAUGCAACAGGACAAGUUUUUACAUACAGUCCACAAACUAGAAAUUGGGUACCAUCAUCAAAUGUACCAGCCACACUUCAAAUGUAUUUUAAUUCAGGCGCAAACACUUACAGAGUAAUUGGUAGAGCAGGUGAUGAUCCAAAUAACUUUUUAAUUAAUUUUGCAGUAAAGAGUGAAGUUGUCUAUAGUAGAGCCUCUGAAAUUUUCCAUCAAUUCACUGAUCAACGUACUCAUUUUGGUAUCAACUUUACAAGUAAACAAGAUGCAGAUACCUUUGGUGGAGGUUUUGAAAAUGUUUUAAGAUCCCUCAAAGGUGGUCCACAACAACCACCACCACAAGUACCAAAACCACAACCACAACAACCACCACAACCACAACAACCACCACAAAGACCACCAUCCACCGUUAUCGCUAAACCAGUUGCACCACAAGCACCAGUCGCACCACCACAAGCACCAGCUGCUGCUCCACAAGCUCCAGCUCCACCAGCUGCCCCACCAGCUCCACCAAAACCACCAGGUCCACCACCACCACCACCAGCUCCAAAACCACCAGCCGCAGGUGGCGGUACUGGAAGAAAUGCCCUUUUAGGUUCAAUUGAAAAUUUCUCAAAGGGUGGACUUAAAAAGACAGUUACAGUUGAUAAAAGCGCUGGUGUACCAACAAAAACCACACCAUCUGCAAAUUCAGCUGCCAGCAAUGCUGGAUCAGAGCCAUCAUCAGGCGGUUCAACACCAGCACCAGCUCCAAAAUCUAGCGGUGGUGGUGGCGGUGGUGAUUUAAUGGCCGAAGUUAUGGCCAAGAGAGCCAAAAUGAAGGCAGCAGCAUCUCAACCAAAAGAAGAAUCAUCAGCACCAACUCCAGCACCAACUCCAGCACCAACUCCAGCACCAACCCCAUCAUCAACAUCUUUCAAACCACCACAAUCAUUCAGUAAACCAGCAACUAAAACAGCUGCUGCAAACAAACCACCUUCACCAUCCUUAUCAGCUCCACUCCCAUCAACUGUAGCCAAUGAAGAUUUACAAUCACUCAAAGAAGAAAUUUUAACUGAAGUUAGAAAGGAAAUUCAAAAAGCUAAAGAUGAAAUUUUAGAAGCAAUCAGAGCAUCUCAACAUUAA